GACAGGGUACAGCACUAUUUCCGAUUGAUAAAUUAAAUCAAUGGCGUCACCGUGAACGUUAUAACCCGUAACGCGCUUUUUUGCAGUUAACUUCUAUAUUUACUGCGAUUUUAAGUUAAUAUUUGGUGUAUAUAUUGUUUCUACGCUGCAAGAUAAUAUUGCUGCCGAGGUUGAUAUGAUCAAGAAAUUAUUGUACAAACUAAUACAUUAGCGAGUGUUUCACCAAAAUGCAGACUAUCAAGUGUGUGGUUGUUGGAGACGGUGCUGUGGGCAAGACAUGCCUACUCAUCAGCUACACUACCAACAAGUUUCCCUCGGAGUAUGUGCCCACUGUUUUUGAUAACUAUGCCGUAACUGUCAUGAUUGGUGGGGAGCCUUACACUCUAGGGCUCUUUGAUACUGCAGGACAGGAAGAUUAUGACAGGCUACGACCACUGAGUUAUCCUCAGACAGAUGUUUUCCUGGUAUGCUUCAGUGUGGUGAGCCCGAGUUCAUUUGAAAAUGUUAAGGAAAAGUGGGUACCAGAAAUAACACACCAUCAGCAAAAAACACCUUUCCUAUUGGUUGGGACACAGAUUGAUCUUAGGGAUGACCCUGUUACUAUGGAAAAACUUGCUAAGAUAAAACAAAAGCCUGUCUCAUUAGAACAAGGAGAAAAAUUGGCAAAGGAACUGAAAGCUGUUAAAUAUGUAGAAUGCUCUGCACUUACACAGAAAGGGCUGAAGAAUGUGUUUGAUGAGGCUAUACUGGCGGCACUGGAGCCUCCAGAACCAGUGAAGAGAAAGAAGUGUGUGCUACUGUAAUAAGCGGCGACUGCGGGGCUGCGGUGCUGCGGCGCCGCGGCGCGAGCGGCGCCCGUCGCGACCUCAUGCACGUAUAAAACUAACACUGUAAUAUUCAACUUAUUUUUAUAAACUUAUAAUUAUUGAAUAUAUGCCAUAAACUAAAAAUAAUGAAUAUUACAAUACAACUUGGGUUUUAUGCUAAGACGUAUGUUAUUCAGGCCUUUACAGUUUUCCAUUUAUUAUUAUUUUUAACAUUUGUAAAGACUUUGUACCCAGUAUGUCUUGUAUACAAAUUAAAAUUAUUUAUAAAUAUUACAAAGUCUGAAAUAGGUAUUACUUGUUACUAAUGCUAAUUAAUAUUGGAAGAGACUUUGUAAUGAAGUCUCAUAAUAGAAAAUGUAAUUGCCUUUGCAGUGUUUGCUAAAAUUAAAAGCAACUUCAUGCACAAUUUUGCUAUGCACAGUAUAAUACUAUGCAUUUCUUAUGUUUUAAUAAUGACUUUAUUAAAUGUAAACUAAUAAGUUAUAAAAAAAAAUCAUUUACGCCUGUCUUUUGUGACAGCCGUCUAUAUUUGUGUGUUAUUUAUCUUAUUAAAAUGUGUUCUUAGUUUGUCCUUUAAAAUAAAGCUUUCUUUCCAUUAUUAAUAAAAUUAUUCCAGUCAAAUGUAUUAUGUGCCAGACUAAAUAACUAAUCCAGUUAUACACUCCUGGAGAUUACUUAUACCCUAAUGGUAUUUUUCCUGAAUUACAAACAAUAAAAUAUGCUUUAUAAAAUAAUAGUUUAUAUUAUCAUAAUAGGUCAUGAAAUGUUUACACUGAAGCUUGGGCUCAUAUAACUUGAAUAGGUAUAAAAAAUGCAUUCUCUUUGGUCAUAAUAUAUCAUUGUUCUAAUGGUCAAUGAAAAUGAUUACAUACUAUAUACCGGAUAAAUUCCUGUGGAUUAUUAUAUAAAUAAUAAUACCGGAAUGGUAUGGUAUAAAAUGUAUCAAUUAUACAUUUAUGAUUAGUAGUAUUGGUUACUAAUAACAAUGCAAUGCGAAUUUGACUGAAUUAAAUGUAUUCAUUCCAAGUAUUUUUUUUUUACAUUUUAAUAUCACUUUCUGUCUGAAUAUAAUGGGGAAGAACUGGACGUAAACACGGUAAUAUUCAGUACGAGGUACGAAGUUUAUCUUAAAUUUACCAAUUUAUUUCUUACUGUGUUUUUAUAUUAUAACCAGAGCUCGGAUAGGGUGAGCUAUUUGCCUUAUACAGGGCGUCCCACGGCUAUGCCACAUGGAGGGAAAGUACCCUAAAUAUUGCAGAUGGAACAUUUUACUGAAAGAAGACAUUAUUUUAAUUUAAAAACCAAUUUAAACUGCAUACAUAGAUUUUUAAAUAAUUACAUGGUUGAACCGGGAAUCGAACCCGCCGCACGAGAAAAAUAAUCAUCCUGUAGCUUUAUCAUACCGAUCGAAAGGCUUGAUCAUAAGGAUUAUUUUUUGCUAAAGAACAUAGUGUCAGAAACAAAAGGAAGACCAUGAAUUUUAACAUUUGAUGUGAAAUUUAGCGAAAUAAUCAAAAGAGUGCGGCUUUGUAUUCAACAGAAUGAGACUACAUUUUGAGCAUUUGAUCAAUUAAAUUGAUUAAUUUUGAAUUAAAAAUGUUAAAAUUCAUGGGCUUCCUUUUAUUUCCGACACUAUGUUAUUUAGCAAAAAAUAAUCCUUAUGAUCAAGCCUUUCGAUCGGUAUGAUAAAGCUACAGGAUGAUUUUUUUUCUCGUGCGGCGGGUUCGAUUCCCGGUUCAACCAUGUAAUUAUUUAAAAAUCUAUGAAUGCAGUUUAAAUUGUUUUUUAAAUUAAAAUAAUGUCUUCUUUCAGUAAAAUGUUCCAUCUACAAUAUUUAGGGUACUUUCCCUCCAUGUGGCAUAGCCGUGGGACGCCCUGUAUAUGACAUAAGACAUGUCAAAUUAUAAGGCAAAUAGCUCACCCUAUCCGAGCUCUGAUUAUAACAAUUUAAGUUUAUGGACUGGAUAGAUAAAGACAUCCGUAAUUGGUUUGAGUUGUGACUACAAAACCAGUUAGAACUAAUGUAAGGCAAUAUAAAAAUGGCUUCAACUAUCCCAUGGAUCCUCAUGGAAUGGAGUCCAUAAAAGUUUCAAUUCAAUUCCAUGCAACUUCUGGGGGAGGGGGGUAUCCUUCUUUAACGUUGAUUUUAGCGUUACAUUGUUACUUUAACCAGAUAAAAUUACCUACGUAGUCUAUUUAGUUUUUAUUACUAAUCUAUAAAUUACAUAGACUCGAAGUAUCGUUCGAUUGAUGAAGUUAGUUUAAUCGUUUUCAUUCGAUUGAGCUAAUUUUUAUACACACAUUGCAUUUUACAUGAAAGUGUUGAGCAGGCCGGGUAAUGAUGCCUUUAAGGUCUUUGGAAGUCUGCCUCAAACAAGCAAUCUAGCUGAGGCGCGCUAUGCCUGUCUGUAUUCCCCUUAUGAACCUAAAAAAAAUCACUUGUCAAAAUAAUGGAAUCAUUAUUAGAAUCUUAUUUAUACUCCAAUCUUAGUGCCAGUUGAAAAUCAGCAAUGAUAACUGACUCUAUGUCGAAAAUAAACAUCAAACGUUGAAAAUAACUUCAAAUUAAAGUAGUAAAGCAAUAAUAACAAAGAUUUUACACCGUUACAAACAGUAGCUUUGCUAGCAUCGCGAUAGUACGUAAGUGAUCGAAUGUUUUGUACCUUAUCUCGUCUGUAGAUAGACGGUGAUGACCGAAGCCAUGUUAACCUAAGCCUAAGUCCGUGGUUGUGAGGUGGCUGGCGACGGUUGCGCAAUCGACGUCCUGAUACCCAGGGCUCUCGUUCGCUCCUGCACUGAGGUGCCCACGUCAAACUGUGGGUUAGCCCAGACAAACUGUGCAUUAGCACCAACAAUUAGCAAUCAAACUGUUGUUUAUGUUAUGUUAAGUGUCUUCACCAACAAAUUAGCAAUCAAUCUAUAGUAGUUAUAUUAUCAAGUAUGUACAUAUAAGAUUGCUCAAACUCUGCUAACUCUGCACCGACUUUGAAGUGUGGUGAGGAAGUGCUACUAAAAAUGCUAUAAUUUCAUAACAAUUUGAUGUGUAUGGUGGUACUUCAACACUGUCACUUGCCAAGUCGGUGCAGAGGUAGAUUAGACUGACACUAGACAACUUUGACAAUAAGUUUGAUGUAGUGUGUACACAGUGGAAAGUUGUUUGUUUUAGUCAUCGAAUCUAUAAUAAUUAACAUUGCCUACUGUGCAAAGUAAUUUUACAACAUACAGCUGUAUAUUUAUUUUAAAUCUUGAUAAUAGUGGCAAUUAUUACAAAUAAGAUACAUAAAAGAGACUCACUGUUUUGUAAGUUAGGAAAAAUGGCGCUUGGUAGGCAAUGUUGAACAAUUAUAAAAAUCUGCACGGAAAUAUACAAACAAUAUACGAUUUGAUGUAUCAGUCUUGGGACACGAUUACAUUCGGAUGUCGUUAUUUUUAUAAACAAGACAAUAAUUACUAACGGGUCAUCCCCAGUUGAAUGUAUAGCUAUCUUAUUGAUUUCCAUAUUUGUAUUGGAUUCGUACAAUACACAUAUCAUCAUCAGUAGUUCAUCAUCAGUUAGCGUAUUCAAAUGUGUAUACUUGUUAAUAACAAGUACCAAUCUUAAGGGAGGUAUGACUAAAAUUGUUUAUAAGAGUCGAUAUAGAAGCGUUUUGAUUGAAUGACUCGAGUUCACAAUUUCAAUACCGCCCGUGUUACACACAAUGUUACGCAUCACACUUGCGAAGAAAAAAGUUUUAUGCAGAUAAAAUCGUCGGAUGACAAGCAAAAGUCACUAAGUACUAUCAAAAAAAUAAAGUAACAAUGCACUUUAUUACACUUGUAACACGGUUUAUUGUCCAAUAAUUUCAAUGGUGUGACUUUUGCUUAUCACUCGACGAAAUGUUAAUAGGUACGUACGGUAAAACUCACUUAUUUUAAAUAAAUAUUUGACUUUUGACCUUCUUGGUUCGUAAGACAUACAUAGUAAGUAACAUUACAGUUAUUUGAUAACUGUAAUGUUAUCUGUAAACGGUAAAGAGGGUAACAAUAAUAAACAAUUUUAGGGCAAAUGGCUUAUAAGUAAUGGUCUAAACCUACGUGUUAUACUGAUAUACCCACCACGAUGUAUAAGCAAGUGUGAUUAAAACACGUUACCUAUGUGUAACACAAUGCCUAGUUUAAAUUAAACUAGUGAAUAGUGGCGAAUCGGUGUAUUAUGGCGUCGACUGUGCAUUAGCAAUAAAUCGCGUUUUUAUAACUUUUGUAUAACUUAAGUUUAGAUCUAAACGCAAACCGUUAAACACAUGACUGAGAUGGUGCAAUAUAAAAGUAGUUUUUUGUAAUAAUUUCCGACCAACGGGGCUGUAAUCUUACAGGGUAUCUACCCUAGGCAUCUAAACAUCGUACCACUCUCCGAGGUCUCGUGUCGAGUUCUGUAUGAUUUCCUUGAUUAUCAUUAUUACAUACAAUACCAAGACAAGUUUACUGAAGUAUUAUUUUUGCAUUCAUCUUACGUGGGUUUUUUGACAUAUAUCACUUUAUUAUAUUGGAUAUAUUAUAUUUUCUUGUGUCCGCAAAGUAGUGUUAGGUGUAUAUUGAAUUAAAUAUAUAAGUUAAAAACA